CUCAUUUUCAGAAAAACAAAUACCAAACAAAGUGAGCACCUUUACUUCCUAACUUCCUUCUUCAAACUGCAAAUCCCAUCUCUCUCAUUUUCUCUCUCAGAAAAUGAAGAGCAACACCAACACUAAGCUCAUUCUUCUACACCCUUCCAUCCACAAAUCACCUUCCUCUCAUCGUCUCUGGUUGCUCUUAAUCGUCACUUUCCUUACCUUAGCUUUCACUCUCACUCUCUUCUCCUCCACUAUUCCCUCCGUCACCACCGCUGCUUCCCCUUCCGCUUCUUCCUCCUCCCUCCCACUCUCUGUCGCUACUGCUCUACUCCAUUAUGCUUCUACAACCAACUCCACAACUCCUCAUAUGUCCUCUGCUGAGCUCUCCGCUAUUGCCUCCGCCUUACACCACUGUUCUCCUUGUAACUUCCUCAUUUUUGGCUUAACCCACGAGACCCUUUUGUGGAAAUCACUCAAUUUCCAUGGCCGCACAAUCUUCCUCGACGAGAGUGAGUAUUUUGUGUCGAACUUUGAGAAGAACCACCCAGAAAUCGAAGCUUAUGAUAUUCAAUACACCACCAAAGUAAACGAAAUGGCGGAGCUUCUCUCUGCUACAAAAGAACAAGUUAAAGGUGAGUGUAGGCCUGUACAGAAUUUGUUGUUCUCGGAUUGCAAGCUUGGCAUAAACGAAAUGCCGAAUCACAUCUAUGAAGUUGCCUGGGAUGUGAUUCUGAUCGAUGGGCCUCGUGGGUAUUUCGCGGGGGCACCAGGGAGGAUGUCCCCGAUAUUUACUGCUGCUGUGAUGGCGAGGAGCAAGAGAGGAGGUGAGAAGAAGACGCAUGUGUUUGUGCAUGAGAUUGAUAGGGAAGUAGAGAGGGUCUUUAGCGAGGAGUUCUUAUGUGAAGAGAAUUUGGCGGAGACGGUGGAUUCAUUGGGGCAUUUUGUGGUGGAGAGAAAGGAAACUAAUGACUUUGAGUUCUGUGAAAAUUCGACCUCAUCAUCUUCAUCGCCAUUGUCGACAGCAAAAACUGCAUCUUUGUCAUCUGGAGAUGAUGCUGCUGCUGAUGAUGACGAUUGAACUGGGUUCUGAUUGCCUGUAUGAUUACCUUUUUUUUUUUAUUUUUAAAUAUAGAAAUGUAAUUUUAUAGUCUAAACUGUGAAAAAGCCGUCUCCGAGGCAAAGCAAUGAUGAUGAAAAAUCAAAUGUAGAUUUCUCAAAAACUUACUUUUAUGUGUCAUCCUGUUUGGUUGCCGAGAAAAAAUGGGAAAAAGUUGUGAAACAAAGACUUGAAUAUUCAUAAUCGACCCCUUAAUUUGACUUAA